AACGAAACUGAAUUUUAACAACGAAGUUGAAUUUCAGACAGCGAAUUAUUGAAUUUAACAUUUCAAAUCCUAUUUAAAAUUCAAAUCCACGUAACAUUUCAAUCUCAUUUUAAUUUCAAACCCUAUUCAAAUUCAAAUAACUGCCUUUUACCAUCUAAAGAACAUAUCUAGAGUGAAGGCUUGUCUGUGUCAAGCAGAUCAGGUAAAGCUCAUCCAUUCUUUCAUCUCAUGAAGACUUGACUGCUGGAAUGGUCUUCUGACUGGACUCCCCCGAAAGAUACAGAUAGGCACUCCCAUGCUUCUUGUGAGGAUGAGAAGAGAAUAAUGUUUUCAGAUGUGAUGGUGUUAUUAAGAGGUGGAUUAGGUCACUGAAGGCCCAGCUGUUCCUCCGGUGACUCCCAUCCCUCCUCCCAGCCCGGAUGCUGACGUAUGACGGCGUCCACCGCUCUGCCUACGCUGCCUGGUGGGCGACCAGCCUCCCGCCAAGUAUAUAAAAGCUCACGUGGACUCAGGAGUUUCACUCCCCCUGAAGGCACAGCCACUCAGUCCCCGGAGCUGAACCUCAGCAGAGAUAGCAGCAAAAAGGCACUUCCUUGGCGCGCAGGCUAACUCGCUUUGGGUUUUACUCGCCAUGGAGACACGCAGGAUGGUGAGGAGCUCCAGAACAGGCCACAAUUUCAAAAGUGGACUUUCUCUGUGGCUGAUCCUGUGGCUGGUAGUGGUGAAGCCCAGCUAUGUGGCUGCAUGCCCCAGGCUUUGUGUGUGUUAUCCUACGCCCAUGACGGUCAGCUGCCAGUCCCAGAACCUCACCAUCGUUCCGGCCAAUGUGCCCUAUGACUCACAACGUGUGUUCCUGCAAAACAAUCGCAUCACAGAGCUCCGUGCUGAUUCCUUUGGUUUUGAAACACAGGUGCUUUGGCUUUAUGGCAAUAACAUCACGUGGAUUGAGGCCGGCGCCUUUAGUAACCUUCGGGUGUUGGAGGAGUUAGACCUGGGUGACAACCCCACCCUGAGGCGCUUAGAAAGUGGAGCUUUCAGGGGGUUGGAGAAGCUGCAGAGUCUGCACAUGCACCGAUGCAAGCUUGCCAUGUUACCUCACGACCUCUUCUACAAGUUGUAUAGCCUGCAGUUUCUCUAUUUGCAGGAAAAUCAACUCCACUUUCUCCAGGAUGACCUGUUCUUAGAUCUGGUCAACCUCACCCACCUAUUCCUCCAUGGCAACCGCAUCCGGAUCCUUUCUGAAAAUGUAUUCCGUGGCUUGGUCAAUCUGGACCGGCUCCUUCUCCAUGACAAUCGAAUCAGGCAGGUCAACCGUCGUGCUUUCCGUGACCUGGGUCGCCUCUCCAUUCUUUAUCUGUUCAACAACUCCCUUGCUGAGCUCCCUGGCCAAGCUAUGAAAGAUACCAAGGGCAUUAAUUUCCUCCGUCUGAACGGCAAUCCUUGGUCCUGUGGUUGUGAGGCCCGUACCUUGUGGGAGUGGUUCCGUGAGGUCCGCAUUUCCUCCUCAGAGCUGAUAUGUUCGUCGCCAUCCCAGCAUCGUGGGCAAGAUCUAAGAUUUCUCCGGGAGCUGGACUUCGCCCUCUGUCCCAUGCCUGACCCCAGCUUGCUGUCUGGAACCACCACAACCACCUUCAGCACCAAGACCCGCUGGUGGUUCUCCAAGCACAAGCCCGCAUCUUCCUCCAAGGUCAAUAACCAGAAGACUACAGAGACAAUAAAGGCAUUCCCUGGAGGAAAGCCACAGUAUUUCCCCAAAACCCAUUUUGACUUGUUUCCUCCUAAGUAUGAACUAUCAGAUGACGAAGCGGCUCUCCCUAAACUCAACCCAGAAGAGUACUGGGCCGACUAUGGUAACGAAGAUGCCGCUAUCCGUUGCUUUGAUCCUGAGUGCUCACUCACAAAUCCAGCUUUUGCAUCCUCAUUCUCAUCCUUUGCCACCAGUCCGGCCCUCCUCCACCCCCUUUUUUUCUGUUUAGUCACUUUCUCCCUCCAUUUACUUUUUGGCUGAAUCUGUCAUUCCCUCAACUUUUCUUUGUUGUCUCAAUUCUGCUCCUGAACCUUUUUUCAAAUCAAAACAAAAUAAAAAACACAACAGGA